CCGGCUGACACAGAGUCAGUGGUUUUUACGGGUCAGGAAAAAGUUUCAAGAUAUUAGUCGGAAAAUAAUCUUGAAAUUACUUUUGCACAUGAGAAAUACCUAUAUCAAUAAGAUUUUCACACUUCGCGUCAACAAACCUAGUGGCAAAUAGGCGAAGCUCAGAGUGAGCUCACACAUACAUUUGCACCCAAGUAAAAACCGACUCUUUCGAUAACGCGAAUGUGAAUAGUUUUAAUACUCAGAGGCUACAGCGUCGGUAUCCUAUGAAAUCAAAGAGAUUUUUCAAAAACUAGUCUUGAAAAAGUAACAAAACUAGUUUUAGGUACGAGUAUUGCUUAUUUUUUUACUAUUUUAUUACAUCGCGUAAAUAAAAAUUGAACUUCUUUUUGCCGCCAAUAGUGUCUCUGCACUUUGUCACUUGACAGUUGUUUUGUGGAUUGUUGUGAACGAUUGUGAAAGAAGUUGUUUUAAGAGAGUUCAAAAGCAAGAAGAAAUGUAUUCCAGGAGGACAAUAAGUAAGUUUUCUAAACGACAUUACUAUAGAAUCCUCCACCAGCACCGGCUGGAGGUGGAAGAAGAGAGCGCAAAGAUUUCCCCAGUACAAAUGCGCCCAACGCCUCCAACUCCGGAGGAGCCUCCAUCUUCUGACAUUUGGUUUCCGGAGGAAUGCGUAGCUGAGGGGGGGUGUAUCCAGGGAAUGGAUGUUGGGCAUGAAUUGAAUUCAGCAACACUCAUGGAUGAUCUUAGGCUUCUUAUAGUUGAGUUCAAUCCGUGUCGACGAUUCGUCACGUGCCUAUUGAAGGUGCUGAAGAAACACGUCGACGAGGAGAUCUUCACGGAUAAGAGAACACUCCUUCAAACACCCCGCCUUACCAGACCCCCAAAACCAAUUGAUCCUGGUCACUAUAUUCAUAUAGGGAUUGAAGAGGCCCUAAAAGGUUUUCCGGACAAAAACUUUUUCCAGAAUGUUGAAACUCUUGAGGUAAAUAUUGGAAUAGACGGGUGUCCUUUGGCAAAAAGUGGGCUUACGAUGUGGCCAAUUUUGGGCGCCUUCCCCGGAAAAUCUUUCUCUCCAUUUCUAAUAGGAAUAUACGCAGGUAUUGGCGAUCCCUCAGAUGUACAGUUGUUUUUGGAAGAUUUGGUUGAAGAUAUUAAAUCGCUGGAAGGCAAUGGGAUCGCGAUCGAUGAUGGUGAAUUGCCGACAAGGAAGCCUUUCAGGGUGAAGGCAUUUAUUGUAGAUUCUAAAGCAAGAUCUUUUUUGACGGGUGUCAUAGGACAUACGGGACAUUUGGGUUGUGGAAGAUGUUACAAGAGGGCGAAGACAAUUAACGGAAGAGUAACAUUCCCCGUCACCUCUGGGAUCUUAAAGACAGAUGAGUCUUUCGGUGAAAGGAGAGAUGAUUGCCACAAAUUCCCCUAUCCAUUCGGUUUGGAAAAUGCUGGGAUAAAAAUGGUUUCCCAAUUUCCCCUUUGUUCAAUGCAUUUGAUUUAUCUGGGUGUUCUUAGAACAUUAGGAGUGUUGUGGAGCACACCAAAAUCUCAGCAUUUCAAACUUUCAACAAAAAAUCGUAAGAAAAUGAAUGCCCUUCACUUGAGCUUGACAAAAAAUGUACCCAUGGAAUUUUCCCGGAAGCCUGAUGAUUUUCGUUAUGUAAAGAAAUGGAAGGCUACUCAAUGUCGUCAACUGCUGUUGUAUACGGGAAUGGUAGUGCUAAAAGAUGUUCUGGAUAAAGAUCAUUAUGCCCAUUUUCUGUUGCUAUCAGUGGCGGUGAGAAUUCUGUCAUCAGAAGCUUUUGUUUCGAAUGUACAAAUCAUCGAUCAGGCAAAUGAAAUGCUGCAGGUUUUUGUAAAAUAUUAUCCGAAAAUGUACGGGGUGGACCAAGUGGUAUAUAAUGUCCACAAUCUCCUUCACCUAACGGAUUGUGUGCAUGAAUACGGAGUUUUGGAAAACUUCUCGGCCUUUCCCUUUGAGAAUUUUCUCCAAAUUUUGAAAAAGAAAAUCAAUCCAUGUGCCCCAGUCAUUCCGCAAGUUCUUAAUCGAAUUGAAGAAGAAAAACUUUUAAAUUCUUUGAAUAACAAUCUCAAUUAUCUUUUCACAGAUAGAUUCCACUUGAAGGCAAAUAUAUUGGGCUGCAACUUCAUGUACAAGACAUGCAAAUUCAAUCAACUGGAGUUCAGGACAAAUGAUGCAGAUCGCUACUGCGUUCUGAAAGAUCAGACAAUCAUUAAAAUCCAAGGAUUCGGGCACUUUAACGAGACGCCCGGAUUUUUUGGGAGAUCCUUCAGAAAGAAGGAAAAUUUUUUCAAAUCUCCUGUCGAAUCUCGAAUCCUUGGAAUUUUUUUGAUUUCAGAUUUGUCUCCCAAUGUGGAAUUUUGGGUGUUGAGUACAAUCCAUUCUAAAUUGUUCCGAAUUCCAUAUGGAAAUGCAAGUGUUGUCAUUCCACUGCUUCAUACAAGAGAGGUUCCUAGCAGGAAGACAAUUAAUGAGUGUUCUUCUUACCCGAUUAAUUCAUCGUUCUUCGAUUCGCCGGAUGCUGAACUUGACAACAUCCCUAUAAUGCAAGGCGAAAUUGAGCAAGAACGCGAAAUUGAGCAACAAGGCGGAAUUGAUCAAGCCUCCAUGGAGAGUUCAGCGAGAGCGGAUUCGAAUCGCCACGAAGAAAGGCUGUCGCGCAUUGAAAAGACGAUGGAGGAUAUGAGCAAAAAGAUUGAGAUCAUAUAUAAGCAUAUCCUUAAGGAGAAAUUAAAUUCGAAAAUGAGGCAGGAAGUCCUUAAAGCCCUACCCAUAGACAGUGUGGACGCAUUGAAGGCUUUCGAAUCAAAGUUGAAGAAGAAGGAAUUUUCUGAAGAGUUUGCUUCCAUCGCAGGCUCAAUGCAGCUAAGAGACUUCCUGAAGGAUAAGGUGGUCAAAACGAUGAACCUAAAAGGUUCACAUGAUAAGGAAGCCCUAAAAAAUUAUGGAUUUUACAAAAUCUGGAAAAAUGCCAGUGGCAUUUCCCGAAAGGACUUCAAGAAGAUGGUGAGAUGCCAAAUACAGGCAUCUCACAGCCGCAUCUACGCCAAGGAGCGGCGUCUGAAAAUGAAGUCAAAGGGGCGUCCGGUGAUCGAGUCUGACAGCGAGGAGGACAGUUAAAUUCUUCUCAUUUAUUUUUCGGACCUCAAUUAUUUUUCUUAGUUUUUUCAUUAAGUUCCCAUAGUUAAGGCAUUAAUAUGAAUUGCAAUUACUUAGCAUUCGUUUUUUGUGUAAAAUUUCAACUCCCUAGAUUUAUUUGUUCUAACAUAUUUCAAAUGAUAUGAAUUAUAAGUUAAUUUUUAGAUAAAUCUUAUUCAUUUUACCUAAUUAAAAUUUUAAAAAAAUCGCUAUGAAAUGGGGUAUAAAAAAUGCGUAAAGAAUGUGAAAUGCAACCUAAAGUAAAUUAUAUAACACAAUGUUCUAUAAAUGAAAAAAAAAAUAAAAUUGGGAAACUUAUUCUUUAAUGUAAAAAAUUAAAAUAUAUCUAUAUAAUAAAAAAAAGUAUUUAAUUACAAA